CUCCCUUUCGUAGUUUGGUUGGCCCAAAAAAGGGAGAGAGAAAAAAAAAAAUCCCCCCUUUCCUCCGCCCUUUCCCCGAACUCCAAACAUACCCUAACUCUUCCAUCCAAAAUUAAAUUGAAAAAAUUAGACAGAUUCGGUUUAUCGUAACCCUUCCCAGCUUUACUGUUGAUUCAGCGAGUGCAGAAGGGGAGUCGACCAUGGCGAUGGAUGUAGAGGAGAAACUUGAAUCAGGGUUCCCGUACUGGAAAGCUAUACGUCGCUGGUUCGGCCAGGAAUCUCCUUUCUUUGCUCCCGGUAACAUCGAACGGGAACUUCUUGCUAAACAGAUUGCCUUGGAAUUAACUGCCGAAGAGAAGCAACAGCUUUUAGUGCAAGAUGAAGACAGGAAAGUCUUCUGUCCCAUUGUUGGUUGUGAAGCACGCUUGACUUCCAUGGAGGACUUCGAGAAUCAUUAUAAUGCACGACAUACUGCUUCUUGUUCAGUGUGUUCUAGAGUUUACCCAACAUCUCGCUUGCUAAGCAUACAUGUGUCUGAAGUGCAUGAUUCUUUCUUUCAAGCAAAGGCUGCUCGUGGCUAUGAUGUGUACGAAUGCUUAGUGGAAGGCUGUGGUAUAAAGUUUAAAAGCUACAAGAGCAGGCAUCAGCAUCUCAUUGACAAGCAUAAGUUCCCCUCUUCAUUUGAGUUUUUAAAGAAGGCCAGGCCAUCCAAGAAACAAAGGCAGAAGGUUCAACGAAAACAAACUGCACAAAAGGAGAAUGAUUCGAGAACAAUGGAAGUGGAUAAUGCAACCAUGGAUGGCCUUGUAACGGCAGUCUCUAGAUUGAGUACUUCGGACUCAACUCCAUCAUCUGUCAGCUUUGGUCGCCGGCACACUCGUGGUUUGACAUUUGUCCCUAGAGCCGUUCAGCGUGAGGUUGGAUCAAACUCUGCAUCGCCUAGAAGAAAGCAGUAAACUAGCCUUCAGAUCAGUCUGCAUACUAACUCAUCCUUGUUAUUAGGAUCCACGUGGCUUUCUUUUGUAACAAAUGUUGAAACUGAUUACGUCAAAUCCGAGAGAUCUGAAAAAGAAGAAUCAGUCUAAACUCUUUAACACAUUGGUUGGGGAAGAAGGGAGGGAAUAUUUUAAUGAAAUUUUUCCUAACCUUGUUUGAAUGGGAAAA